CUUUCAGAUAUUUUCAUUUCCUCUCUCAUUCAUUUGGGUUUGGCAUUUGCAUUGCCUGUCAUGGACUGCAACUUCACAACCACCAAAAGCUGCCAACCUUCCUUCCUUUAAUUCUCUUCCUCCUCCUCCAACGGUUACCUUCCCCUUCCUCCCAUUCAAUGUCCCUCUAACGGCUCUCUCUCCCUCUCUCUCUCUAACCCUCCAUUUUCUCUCGUUUUAUUUCCAUUCCUAUCUGAUUUUCCACCACUACUUCUGUGCAUCAGUGCAUGCUCUCUCGCUAGAACUUUCACUCCAAAGUGCUUUAGAGAGAGAAAAAGCUUGAAUCUUUGGGAAUUUAGAGAAAACCCCAGAUGGAUCUCACUUCCUUCUUGACGUCCUUGGGGACUGACUUCCUCAUAUUUGUGGCUCUGAUGUUUUUGUUCGCAUGGCUUUCGAGAAAGCCUGGAAACACUGUGAUUUACUAUCCGAAUCGGAUCUUGAGAGGGUUGGAUCCAUGGGAGGGCGGGUCCAUGACGCGGAACCCGUUUGCUUGGAUCAAGGAGGCUCUGUCUUCCACUGAGCAGGAAGUUAUAUCCAUGUCAGGGGUCGACACUGCUGUGUACUUCGUGUUCUUGAGCACUGUGUUGGGUAUAUUGGUUUUGUCUAGCCUUGUUCUGCUACCAAUCCUUCUGCCAGUUGCUGCCACCGAAGUCGGGCAGAAGUUAGCCAACGCAACCAUAAGCAAUGGCACUUUCAGUGACCUUGACAAGUUAUCCAUGGGACAUCUCAAGCUGAAGAGUCCUAGGUUGUGGGCAUUUCUCUUCGGUGUCUACUGGGUUUCUUUCGUCACAUAUUUCUUGCUGUGGAAGGCAUAUAAACAUGUCUCCGACCUGAGAGCCACUGCUUUAAUGUCUCCUCAAGCGAAGCCUGAACAAUUUGCCAUUCUUGUCAGAGACAUACCUAACUCCCGCGAAGGUCAAAUUAGGAAGGAACAGGUCGAUUCUUAUUUUAAGACCGUCUACCCUGAUACAUUUUACAGAUCAUUGGUUGUCACAGACAACAAAGAGGUGGACAAAAUUUGGGAAGAGUUAGAAGGGUUUAAGAAGAAGCUUGUACGCGCUGAAGCAGUCUAUGCAUUAUCGAAGAAAACUGGCAACUCAGAAGGAAUAAGACCCACUAACAAAACCGGUUUCCUUGGUCUUUGUGGGGCAAAAGUAGACAGUAUUGAGUACUACACCGAGAAGAUUAAUGAAUUAACCCCGAAACUGGAGGCUGAACAGAAAGCCACUCUCAGAGAGAAGCAGCAAAAUGCCGCUCUCGUUUUUUUCACCAGUAGGGUGACUGCAGCUGCUGCAGCUCAGAGUCUACAUGCCCAACUUGUUGACACAUGGACAGUGAUCGAUGCUCCUGAGCCUCGUCAAGUACUUUGGCCUAAUCUCAAAAUCAAGUUUUUUCAGAGACAGGUGCGGCAGUAUGUUGUGUAUAUCAUUGUGGCUCUGACCGUAGUGUUUUAUAUGAUUCCAAUUGCUGCUAUCUCUGCUUUCACAACUCUGGACAAUCUGAAGAAACUUCUUCCAUUUCUAAAGCCAAUUUUGAAGCAAGAAGCGAUUACGACAGUGCUGGAGGCUUAUCUACCUCAAAUUGCACUCAUAGUCUUUCUAGCUCUGUUGCCAAAGUUCCUUCUGUUUUUGUCCAAGGCCGAGGGAAUUCCUUCCCAGAGCCAUGCAAUAAGGGCUGCUUCCGGGAAAUACUUCUACUUCACUAUCUUCAAUGUUUUUCUUGGAAUUACGGUAGGUGGAACCUUAUUCAGUACAUUCAAGACCAUCGAGAAGGAUCCUAACUCUCUUGUUGACAUACUCGCAAGUAGCCUCCCCUCCAAUGCAACUUACUUCCUCACCUUUGUGGCCCUAAAGUUUUUCGUUGGAUAUGGUCUUGAACUGUCCCGACUAGUUCCUCUGAUCAUUUUCCAUAUAAAGAGGAAGUACCUUUGUAAGACCGAAGCUGAGGUGAAAGCAGCUUGGCUUCCCAGUGAUCUUGGAUACGGGACUAGAGUACCUAAUGAUCUGCUCGUCAUUACGAUUGUCCUCUGCUACUCUGUCAUUGCUCCACUGAUUCUUCCAUUUGGUGUACUGUACUUUGGCCUUGGAUGGCUUAUCCUUCGAAAUCAGGCACUCAAAGUUUAUAUUCCAGCGUACGAAAGCUAUGGAAGGAUGUGGCCGCACAUGCAAAUACGAAUCAUUGCAUCUCUGAUAUUGUACCAAGUUACCAUGUUUGGUUACUUUGGGGUGAAGAGAUUCUACUACGCACCAUUCUUAAUUCCACUUCCUAUCAUGUCCUUGAUUUUUAGUUUCAUCUGCAGCAAGAAAUUCUACCGGUUUUUCCAACACACCGCGCUUGAAGUAGCUGCACACGAACUCAAGGAAAUUCCAAACAUGGAGCAAGUUUACAGAGCUUUCAUCCCGCCAAGCCUGAGCUCCGAGAAGAUAGACGAUGAUCAAUAUGAAGAUGCUCAAUCUAGUGUUUCGAGAACAGCCUCGUUCGCCUAGUGUGUGACAGUCUUGUGCAGUUAGAAGUAAUUUAGUUUGGGUUUGGAGUGUCAUCUGUUUAUAUAACAUGUGAUUAGGAACAUUGCAGAUCUGUAUGCACUGCAGAUGAUCCAUCUCGUCCUUUGGAUUUCAUGAAUUAAUCUGUUAAAUUGUUGUUUCCUAUUUAUUUACCACUCUGCAAACUAUGCUCUUUCUUGUUUAUUAAUGCAAUGUUGCUUCCAAUUGAUUUA